GUUUGAUUAAUUAGUUUCGAUAUGACAACAUGUAAAAUACAAAAAUCAAAUCAAGUUUUCAACUAAAAAAAAUUGUUCUAUAAAAACCCCGCCAUGCUUCAUUAGAGGUAUCAGUUAUCUUUUAAAUUUUGACCAAACAUAAACACCAUGAACUUCAACAAAUAUUUCGCAUUCUUGGCCAUUUUGGUCUUGUGUAUUUUGGGUCAACAAGCUACCGAAGCCCAUCAUCACUUCGGUAAAAUCGGACAUGAAUUGGACAAGGGUGCCAAGAAGGUUGAAAAAGUAGCUUCCAGUGUCAAUAAAGUGAAAUCUGUGAUUGCUAAUGGUAAAACCGUGAUUGAGGCUGGUGCCGCUGUUGCUGGAGCUGUGGCAGCUGCUUAAUUUCGAUUGAUAAAAUAGACAUUUAUUUUAGAUUAUUAUACAAACAGUGGAUUAAUUGUGAAAAAACAAAAAUAAGGUUAUUAUUCUAACUUAAAAAAAGAAAACAUGUU